GGGGAUUCGGUGGCCUCCCUGCCAGAAAAAUAUAUACAUGGAAAAGUUGCAAAAUUUCCCCCGCAGGGGAGCUGUGUCUGUGUGGUCUGUCUGCAGUCUGCACUGCAUUUAUCGCCGACAAUCCUCUCGUCCCCGUCUCCGGCUCUCUCUCAGGUGAACCCUGGAUUAAUGUUUUCUUCUCUCUAAACCCUUAAGCCGAUAUUCCAACUUCUCAUAAUCUCAGUUGAAUUCAAUUCCCUCCUCUCAUCCCCAUACCUAAGGACUUCCCGCGAAAAAGAAAAUGCCUUUCGCUUUCACUUUCCUCCAAUCCGAUCCACGUUUUGCAUCGCUAAAUAUGCAGACUUUUAAGCAGUGUUUACGUUGAUUACAACUGGCUCAUGGAGUUCCAAUACAAUCCUUGUGGUUUCUGUUUCAAUUCCUCCUGCCCGCUCUUCAUAAAGCGGAAAUCUUUUCCCUUUUGGUUAGUUGGAGUUAGGGUUUGGAUGUGUUCGUUUUGAUUGCUGGACGGGAUUCGAAGUUACAUCCGCUACUUGGGUUUGCUUUGCUGUUAGUUUCUCUUUGUGUGGAGCUGGUUAGAACGGAAAAUGUAUGGUAGAGCUGGUCUAGAGCGAUUCAAGAAAGCUCAAUCCUCCGAACCAUUUUCAGUCUCAGUGAGCUCAGCCCCCAAACCCACCAAAGCUCAGACCUUGCAGUCUUCUUCUUCUUCCUCUGCGACCAACUCUUCAGUUCGAUGUCUGCAAACAAAUGUUGCUCAAAAGCCUGCUGUGCCAGAGGCAGGGCCAUUGGCAGGUCUUGCUGCUCAGCAGCAGAUUCAGGUUGGAGGUGGGCAGUCUACUUGGCAGCCACCGGACUGGGCGAUCGAGCCUCGGUCGGGGGUUUAUUAUCUCGAAGUGUUGAAGGAUGGCGAGGUUAUGGACCGGAUUAAUCUCGAUAAGAGGAGGCAAAUAUUUGGAAGGCAAUCCAUUACUUGUGAUUUUGUGCUUGACCAUCAGUCUGUGUCUCGUCAACAUGCUGCUGUUGUCCCUCACAAAAGUGGAAGCAUCUAUGUAAUUGAUUUGGGAUCUGCUCAUGGCACAUUCGUUGCAAAUGAGAGGUUGACAAAAGACACACCUAUGGAGCUCGAAGUUGGGCAGUCCUUGCGCUUUGCUGCUUCAACUAGAACCUAUGUUCUAAGAAAGAAUGAUGCAGCUUUAUUCACAAGCCUCCCACCUCCUACAGAGAUCAUCUUACCACCAUCCCCCGAUCUAAACGACGAAGAAGCAGUUGUAAAUUACAACACUCAGAUAAAUCGUUAUGGUCUGGAAAAGCUUUCUGAGCUCCCAGACUUCAAACCUAGUAGUCAUCUAAUCAGAAAAAAAUGCGACAGCCAGCAGCAGUCUGAGAGAGAUGCAAAGAGGAGAAAGAAAGCAAGAGUUGUGUUCAAAGAUCACGUUGGUGGUGAGCUGGUAGAGGUUGUUGGGUUUUCAGAUGGUGUAGAUGUAGGGACGGAGUCUGGACCGAUUGGGGUCAAAGAAGGAAGUCUCGUGGGGAGAUACGAAUCUCUUGUGCAGAGUGUGGUCAUACCAAAAGGGAAAGAAGUGUCUUCUUCAUCAUCAAAGGAGAGUAGUGGUCUUUUGCAGCAAGGGGUUACUAACAAGCUGCAAGAAGUGUUGACUAAGGUCAAAACAGCUCCAGCUCAGCAGAAGGGGUUGUAUGACAGCCUUUAUGACGAGUCGUUUUCUGGCAAACUAGGUUCAUCUUGGGCGAGUUCUUCUGUCAAAGAUGGUCAGGCAAAGGCUAGCAGUGGUUCGAGUGAAAACUCUCGGAGUAAGUUGAGCUCGUAUGAUGAUGAUGAAGAUGAUUUGUUUGGAGACUAAUCAAGGGAAUCCAUCUAGAGGUAUGUUUUAGCUUACUUUUUAUAUUUGAACUGAAGAGGAGUGUGAGAGAUUGAUUGUUUUAGCAAUUGUUGUGAAGCUGAAGCAGCCUUCAGACCCCGGGCUCUUUUGUACAUGGGGAAACUUUUGGUUGUAGGUUCAUCAUGGGCAAGCUUUUGUUUGUAAUUUGGGGUAUGAUGUACUUUGAAGGUUUAAUUCAAGCUCUGGUGCAUUUCUCAGAGGAAAGGAAUGAGAUCAAAUUGUGCCACUUCUGAUUGGUUUUAGCUAUAUAUAGAACUCCAUUCUAAGUAACCUGAUGUACUUUUGAUCAUAUUCUGUUCCUCAUCUUUCUGCUAUUUCGAUCUAGUUCUUAUAUCGAAUAAUUUUGCUAUUCUCAGUCCAGUCCU